GGUGAGUUCAGGCCAGUCUAACUCCACGAGGAUUAAACUAGGUGCCGCCUUGCUACCGCCAUGCCGGAAGUGUAAAGGAAAUCCAAGAUCACUGCCUCCCGCAAACUCAUGCUGAAGAGCCUGAUGCUGGCCAAGGCCAAGGAGUGCUGGGAGCAGGAACAUGAGGAACGAGAAGCCGAGAAGGUGCGCUACCUAGCGGAGCGCAUCCCCACGCUGCAGACCAGAGGCCUGUCCCUCAGCGCCCUGCAGGACUUGUGCCGAGAGCUACACGCCAAGGUGGAGGUGGUGGAUGAGGAGCGAUACGACAUUGAGGCCAAAUGCCUCCACAACACGAGGGAGAUUAAGGACCUGAAGCUGAAGGUCCUGGACCUCCGUGGGAAAUUCAAGCGUCCACCCCUGCGCCGGGUCCGUGUCUCAGCCGACGCCAUGCUCCGAGCCUUAUUGGGCUCCAAGCAUAAGGUCUCCAUGGACCUACGGGCCAACCUCAAGUCUGUGAAGAAAGACGACACAGAGAAGGAGCGACCAGUGGAGGUGGGAGACUGGAGGAAGAAUGUGGAGGCCAUGUCUGGCAUGGAAGGCCGCAAGAAGAUGUUUGAUGCUGCCAAGUCCCCGACUUCACAGUAGAGGUUGGCUUGCUGUAUGACUCUGGGGUCAUGCUUUGGGCGCCCUCCUCCCGCCCCACUCACCUAUCUUUCUGCCAAUGCUGGAGCAUCCCUGCUAUGU